AUGGCUCCCUGCAACCCAGACAGGCGCUUCGAGGUGCCGGGGGCCGCCAUCGACAACAUCGAGGUGAGCGGCGGCGCCGUGCUCGUGGCGAGCGGCCGCUGCGUGUACGAGCUGCGGCCCUCGCUGCGCGCGCCGCGGCUCGUGGUGCGGGCGCGCGGCGGCCCCGACGAGCCGUCCGUGCGCAACAAGCUGCUGCUGCCCUACGAGGAGGCGGCGGGCGGCGGGGUGCUGCUGGCCGGCUGGACCCUGGCCGGCGGCACCUGCGAGGUGCUCGAGGGCCCCGGCUACCUGCAGCGCCUCAGCCACAGCGAGGUGGUGAGCUGCCUGCCCCGCGGCUCCACGGCCGGCGUGGUCUUCGAGCUGGCCGGCACCUGGUACCUGGCCGUGGCGGCCACCUACUCAGUGCGCGGGCAGCGCGUGGGCUGCGAGCCGUCCGAGUCGGACGCCGACACCGCCAUCACGGUGCGCCGCGUGGACAAGCUGACGUCUGACGAGGAGCUGGCCAUCGUCAAGUACAAGGAGCACCCGCUGCACUUCGUGGACGCGCUGCGCUGGCACAGCCGCCUCUUCUUCCCCUACUACCGGCUCAAGGGCGAGGGCGGCGAGGGCGGCGAGGACGGGGAGGCGCCGAGYAUGGCCGUGCUGCGCCAGCUGCGGCCCUCGGAAAGCGCCUUCACUUUGCAAGGCCACGUGUACCUGGACUGCGGCUGCAGGAGCCUCAUCCUCUCCUCCAGCCUCGUCCGCCUGGGAGCCACAGGCUGGUGGGUGGGUGUUUUCCGCCACAGCCGGAGCGCCAGGGCCUGGAACAGCACCGCUGUCUGCAUCUUCGGGAUGGAGGAGAUGAGCGAGCAAGCCUGCGCGUCCACGCACUUUCACGCGGAUGGGAACGCUUGUGCGGCGCGAUCCAUCAAGAAGUUACCCACCCUGAUUCAGUCUGGCUUAGCGGCUGUUUACGGCACGGUUGUUUUGAAUCAGAUCGUUCUCUUUCUGGGCACGGAUGACGGACAGCUCCUGAAGGCUAUUCUUGAUGAGGAUAUGGUAUCUAAUUGCCCGGAAGUCUUAUACGAAAUUAAGGAAGAAACUCCCAUUUUCCCCAAACUUCGACUUGAUCCAGUAGAUAAUAACUACAUCUAUUUAUCCUCUGCUAAUACGGUGAGAAGAAUACUGGUUGCAAAUUGCAGUAGAUUUGUUUCCCAGCAAGGAUGCUUAUCUGCAAAGGAUCCCUACUGUGGGUGGUGUUCUCUGAAUCAAAGGUGCACAUUAAAAGAAAAUUGUACACGUUCAAACAGCAUAAAUGGUUGGUAUAACAUUUCACAUGCACCUGAUAAAGAYCUGAAAAUCCUGCUCAGUUUCCCUGCCAUAAAUCAGGUUGCCGUGGCUGCAAGUAUAAGCAAAACCCUUACCUCUUGUAUGGUAAAACUUAUAAGACCGGUUGAAAUACUUUGCAAAAAUGUAAUGCUGAAAAACUCAUCCUGCUCCUGCAAUCUAACUACACCAAUGAUAACUGAUAAUGAUUGUCUGGUUCUCGAAGCAUCGCUGUCCUCCAGCUCCUGGAGUAUCACACAAACAUUUCAGUUGAGCAACUGCUCCCGAUGUAUUCGCAGGGGUGAGUGUGCCAGCUGCAAAGGGAAGCGUGUGUCUCCUGCCACUGCCUGCCAGAAUAGUUGUAAUGCCUCUGCUGCCUCCGAGGAAAACACCACUGCGCAGAAAUCAGAGCAUAUCAACAUCCAUUCCAUUGAGCCUUUGUGGAUUUCUACAUUAGGCAAAAGGGAAAUAACAGUCAAAGGAGAAAACUUUACCCGUGCAUCAGGCAUAAAACUGAUACUGACUGGAAUCAGUGGCUGUAAACCAGAAAUCAUUCAAGUCAGAAAUGUGCUAAAUGACACACAAAUGACAUUUGCUCUCCCACCAACACGCAAAGAGGCCAAAAGUGUGUGCAUACAGGCUGAGGGGAGGACGUGUUCACCACCAGUGACGUUGCACUAUGUGUCGCUGCCAUCGUGCUUUGGAAUCACACCAAAUACCUCCUGGUUCAGUGGUGGUCGCAAAAUAACUGCAUUGGGUAGAAAYUUCAAUGUGGUGGACAGCGUGAUUAUUUCAGAUGACCAGAGACCAAACGUCACUGUCUCUAGGUGUCCUGGAAAUGAAUCUGAAUAUAAUUACUUAACGCCAAGUCUGAGCCAUGCAAAAGAGGGAAAAAUUGUUGAUAUGAUGUUGAAAGUAGAAACUACCUUUAUAUCAUGUGUCAAGUUACACUACCACCCUGACCCAGUGUUCAUUAACUACCAACUGCACACCGAACUCGAUCCUGAUCUGGAAUUAAAAAUAUAUAAAGAAAAUGACAACUUGAAUAUUUCCAAAACUGAGGUAGAGGUGUAUCUCUCCUAUAUGARUGGUGCACAGACCAAAAAGAUAUGGUUCAAUGUCCAAAACAUUACCAAAAAACCUGACCGUAGCACCAUAUUGUGCAAAUUCAAAAGGGAAGGAAGUGACAAGAUUGAUUUUUCCACAGUGAAAGUUUUUGUCAAACUAGGAAAUUUUGAGCACGAGGUCAAACCAACAUCAUCAUACCUAUAUUUGUAUGUUCUUAUUCUACUCCCUAUUGUAGUGGGUGUCAUUAUAGUGGCAUUCGUAGUUACAAGAUACAAGUCCAAAGAGUUAACUCGUAAACAAAGUCAGCAACUUGAAUUGUUGGAGUAUGAGAUUCGGAAAGAAAUACGUGAGGGAUUUGCUGAACUGCAGAUGGAUGAAUUAGAUGUGGUGGAUAGCUUUGGAACUGUGCCCUUCCUGGACUACAAACAUUUUGCUCUUAGGACUUUCUUUCCAGAGUCAGGAGGUUUUGCAUCCAUCUUCACUGAAGACAUGCCACAGAGCAGAGACCAAACGCGCAAGGAUGAAAGAUUCAACAUGUUGCAUGCUUUAAUUUGUAACAAGAACUUUCUUGUUGCUCUCAUUCACACCCUUGAAAAGCAGAAAAAUUUCUCUGUGAAAGACAGGUGCUUGUUUGCAUCUUUCUUGACUAUUGCACUACAAACUAAGCUAGUUUACCUAACCCAUAUUCUGGAAGUGCUGACGAAGGACUUGAUGGAGCAGUCAAGCAAUGUCCAACCUAAGCUCCUGCUCAGGCGAACCGAAUCCGUGGUAGAAAAGUUGCUGACCAACUGGAUGUCUGUCUGCCUCUCUGGCUUUCUACGGGAGACAAUUGGUGAACCUUUCUAUCUGCUGGUGACAACCCUCAAUCAGAGGAUAAACAAAGGCCCCGUGGAUGCCAUAACCUGCAAGGCCCUGUACACACUAAACGAAGACUGGCUGCUGUGGCAAGUGUCUGAGUUCAGGACAGUGACAGUGAACGUCAUCUUUGAAAAAAUCCCAGAAAAUGAGAGUGGAGACGCCUGUCAGACCAUCCCGGUUAAUGUCCUGGACUGCGACACCAUAGGGCAAGCCAAGGAGAAGAGCCUUCAGGCGUUCCUAAAUAAGAAUGGCUUUCUCUAUGGCCUUCAGCUGCAUGAGAUUGGUCUUGAACUGGUAUCUGAGGAGCAGCAGAGAGAACUGCUGGAUAUUGACAGUUCCUCAGAGAUGAUGGAGGAUGGGAUAAGGAGGCUGAACACCAUCGGUCAUUACGAGAUUCCGAAUGGAGCAACUAUAAAAGUCUUCAAAAAGAAAACAAGCACCCGGACAGAUGUGGACUACUCUGACAACCACUGUCACUUGAUUUUACCAGACUCUGAAGCAAACAAAGAUGUGAAAGGAGCAGGUCAAAAAGGAAAGCAAAAAUUCAAAGUGAAAGAAAUGUAUUUGACAAAGCUUCUGUCCACCAAGGUCGCCAUUCACUCCGUUGUUGAAAAGCUCUUCCGAAGCAUUUGGAGUUUACCUAACAACAGAGCUCCGGUUGCCAUCAAGUACUUCUUUGACUUUCUGGAUGCCCAGGCUGAGAGCAAAAAAAUUACAGACCCCGAUGUGGUUCACAUAUGGAAAACCAACAGUCUUCCUCUUCGCUUCUGGGUGAAUAUACUGAAGAAUCCUCAGUUUGUCUUUGAUAUUAAGAAGACUUCACAUAUAGAYGGCUGUUUGUCUGUAAUCGCACAAGCUUUCAUGGAUGCCUUUUCUCUAGCAGAGCAGACACUGGGGAAGGAAGCACCAACAAAUAAGCUUCUCUAUGCCAAGGACAUUCCUCUGUACAAGAAGGAGGUGAAAGCUUAUUACAAAGCCAUCAGGGACUUGCCUCCGCUCACCCCUUCAGAAGUCGAAGAAUUUUUAACUCAGGAAUCCAAGAAACAUGAAAACGAAUUUAAUGAGGAAGUGGCCUUGAUUGAGAUCUACAAGUACAUAGGGAAGUAUUACGAGGAGAUUGUCAGCAAACUCGAGCGUGAACGGGGGUUUGAAGAAGUCGAGAAGCAGCUCCAGCAAGUCAAGGCCUUAUUUGACGAAAAGAAAAAGUGCAAAUGGCUCUGAGYGGAGCCCUGACUCACAGCAUCACUGUGGGGAUUUCAAAUAAGUGCUACUGCUCCCAAAACACGAACGAGUAUUUGUACAGGGUCUGAAAUAUUUGGACACUUUUUCCCCGCUCCAACCAUUCCAAGUAAUCUCUGAGGCUGAGAAUGAACUACGGGCAGGGUUGGAUAUUCCAGUUUGGGCAGGUAAAAGCGAAAGCGAGUCCAGCAUUGGUGUAGCCGGCCUUUCUAGGCCUUUGAACACUUGCAUCCUUGGUUCAAAAGCGACAUCUAAGUAAGCUUUCCUCUUGCUUAAAACCACRCCUGCAGAACAGCCGCCAGCCCUGCUGCAAGUUCCGAGUUACGCAUGCGAACUCGUAGGCCGCUUACCUCUUGGAGAGGGAACGCGGGUAUUUGGCCACAUCCUUUCAGCAGCCUUGGCGAUCUGUGAGGAUGAGCGCCGGCUUCAGAAUGUGGGUCAGCUGCUUCCUUCCUUCCCAGGCACGCAGGCGUUGGUUCCUGUGUCUUUGAAGAAAACAAAACAAAAGCACCAAAGUGACACUUACAACAAGCUUACUUAGCAAAAAAAAAAAGGGGGGCAGUCUGGGGUUUGAAGCGUGAGUGCUGCCCGGCAGCGUUUCUCUCCCUGGCUUUAGGAGCUGCGUGUGCAGCACAGUGCAAAGCCAGCUGCUGUGUCGGGCACGGGGUUUCAGGAGAGGGCAGCCAGCUGGCCCCCAGCCUGUGUUUACAUUUCUGCCCUUGGCCCUUGGAAGCUAGGGAUGCCUCCCAGCACUUCCCGCUGCCGCCUCGGGGCUCCGCGGUGCUGGAGAGGCGGCCGGCGGCACCACCAUGCGGGUGCGGGACAUGCAGGCCCUGGCCCCAGCCCUGAGCGGGGCUCACACACCUAAAACCAGCACUUUCUUCAUUUUUACACACCCCCGCCCCAGGAAGCAAAGGCUUCCUGAGAGGCUGGAUUAAUAGACUAGACGACCAAGAGGUCUGACAGAACCCGUGGCAGUCCUGCUGUUGGUUCAAGAGCCUGUGCUUGACCUGUAAGGACGGCUGGGCUUCCCAGAGCGCGUCCCUUGGGCCAGUGGUGGCCCCAGUGCUGCCGGGGCCCUCUGAGGGUGCUCGCGACRGGGCGGGCG